AUGCUGCCGCAGCAGGGAACACAGGUCGAUCUACAGCGGGUCCGUGGUCUGCAGACCGCGACACAAGUGGUGACGGUGCUCGCCAUGAUGCUCACCGUCGGGCUGGGCGUGUACGGUGUGGCGGUGUUGGCAACCCAGAACAACGAUGAGAGAAAGGACAAUGAUACUGAAGAGGAGGACAGCUCUCGCCCGAACAUUCUGAUGCUGGUGCUGACGGUCGCCGUCCUGCUCAUCGCCUUCUCGCUAGGCUUUAUCGCCGUCCGAGCCGAGACACUCUACCGCAUGCACCUGUACCAGCGGUUUGCAGUCGUGCUUGGCGUCUCUGCGCUCACCACGCUUGCCUUUGCAGCGGUGCGUGGAAACAUCAACAUCAUCGCCAUCCCCUACUUUCUCGUCGGCGUCGUGCUUGCGGUCCUCCUUCGCCAGCAGCUUGUCGAGGCAGGCGAACAGGGGUACUCGCCGCUGCCACCGGUAUGGCGCGAUGCAUCGUCAAGCAGCGAGUCGACGUCGACCAACACCGCCACCGAGGGCCGGUUCCACCCGUCAUCGUCGGCGUCGUGA